AUGGCCUGCCCAGAGCCCGACACAGCCAAACCCGAUUUGUUUCGAAACAACGACGGGCUGAUAUACUACGAAGAUAAGAGUGUUUUUAAAACUGAAUAGUCUGCCACACCUGAGAUUUCAUUAAGUCGUUCACUACAACCUUGGUUUUAUUUUCUUCUGCAGGUAGUCCGGAAGAGCUCUUUUCUUUCAUUCGUCUCUGCCGUCUGGUUACGGUUUAUAUUUCUGUAUAUACACCACUCUCCUUGUUGCUUUAUCCCUGGUGACUGGCACGUUCGGAGCAGCUCGAACAAGUCCACCCUCAGGUGCAAUCAUCGUUGCCAAGUCGGGAGGAGACUACAAGACAAUCCAGGUAGCUGUCAAUGCCGCCUCCGCCUCCGCGGCAGUCAUAUUCAUCCAGCCCGGGACCUACGAGGAGCAGGUCCUAAUAGAAUUAGGGGCCGGCGCCUUAACCAUCCACGGCUACACUGAGGAUGACCAAGAUUAUAGCAAGAACGAGGUCAUUCUUACACAUAGCCUGGGUGCCGACGAGGCAGGAAGUAACGAUGCUUCAGGUACCCUUCGCGCUAAGGCCGACGGACUCAAGGUGUACAACAUCAACAUCGAAAACUCGCGUGGAAAAGGUACCCAGGCUAUUGCGUUGAGCGCAUAUGGGAGCGAGCAGGGUUAUUAUGGCUGUCAAUUCCUUGGCUAUCAAGACACCAUCCUUACGAGUAAGGGAAACCAUUACUUCCAUGGUUGCUAUAUCGAAGGGGCUACAGAGUUCAUCUUUGGACAAGACUCUAUUGCUUGGUUUGAGAGUUGCACCAUCGGCAUCAGUGCCAAAGGCUACAUCACUGCUAAUGGGCGAGACGAGGCCAGCAACCCGGGCUGGUAUGUGAUCAACAAGUCAACCGUUAAGCUCUUUCCGGUGUCAAAGAUGGAGCGACCUAUCUUGGACGCCCAUGGCGCGAAUAUGCUCGGGUCGUCUUCCAGAAUAGUGAGCUUGGCGCGGUGGUCAACUCAGCCGGCUGGUCGACCUGGGGCAGCACACCAACAGACAACGUUUACUACGGUGAGUUUGGAAAUACUGGGGAAGGCGCCAGCGGAACACGAGCUGGCUUCUCCAAGAAGCUUGACAGUGCUGUUUCUGUAGGUGACAUUUUGGGCUCUACCUCAUGGUUGGACUCGAGCUACAUUGGUGGCGAAAGCUCUGGAGGCAAGGAUGACAAUCAGACAGCUACCGGCAGUGCUAUUAGAAAAAGCAGUACUGUUAGUCGCAUUACCACAACCGUCGGCACUAUCACAACACGCAGCACUAUUGCCAAACCUAGUGCAAUCGCGACCGCCAGCAACAUCAUAACAACCAGCACCUGUUCUAACGCAGGGUGUGGUGUGGCUACCACGCUGCAGACAAUGACAAGACAUACGUCUGCCUCAGAAGUCCAAGGCGACGCUACUUCUGCCGCGAGUGCUACUUCUGCGACCCCAAGCGCAUCUGGUACGCCAGGCGCUGAUGAUUGUAGUGGAACACCCGAUGGCUUGGCCUCUCUUAACGGCGGAACGACUGGCGGUGCUGGAGGCAAAGUUGUCACAGUAUCAACCCAAGCCGACUUGGAGAAGUAUGCUGGAGAGGCUGCCAUCAAAAUAACUCCCAAGGGCACAGAGAUCAAGGUCUCCUCGGACAAAACUAUUGUUGGCAUUGGAAACGAUGCGGAGGUUAACGAGGGUGGCUUUAAUCUCCAGAAUCAGCGCAACGUCAUCUUUUGCAACAUCAAGAUUGGUAAUACCUACGUUGAAGGUGAUGAUGAGGGCAAGACCCAAGACUGGGAUGGAAUACAAAUGGUUAGUCCAUCAGCAAAGCUCACUGGGUGACAAGAAGUAAUUAACCCAACACGCAGGACAAUUGCACCAACAUUUGGAUCGAUCACGUCCACCUGGAAAAGGGCGGCGAUGGCCUGAUUGAUAGUCGCAAGGACACAACCUUUCUGACGGUAUCUUGGUCAAUUUUGCGGAACCACAAUAAGGCAUUUGGAAUUGGUAAUGCGUGCCAGAAAGAAAUUGUCAUUUAUUCCUCAGUCCUUGAUGCUAACUAUGACCCAGGCUGGACCGAUAACGUUGUGGCCGAAAUGA